AAGAGAUUUGAAGGUAAACGAACGCGAAAGUAGCAGCCGCAAAACAAAACAUACCACUGAUACCAGUACCAAACAAGCAUCAGGAGGGAGUGGUUGUAGCCUCCAUCGCUCUCUGAACCCUGUACUCAACAGUACCCAACUAAAUAGUAUUUAAAAAGCAAUAGCAGCUGAUACAGGUGCAAGAGCAGGAUGUCACCCAAAACACAAGAUGUUGCCAACUUGUCCAAUGGCAACAUCUACCUUGUGUUCUACAAUGUCUUCCUGAGCCUGGGGUGGCUCAUAGUUUUGAUCCAGACUGUCCACCAUCUGGUGUAUGAAGUGGGGAGCCUUGAUGGACUGUGGGAGAGCACCAGUAGUGUCCUCAAGAUAUUCCAGAGCCUUGCCAUCUUGGAGGUAUUACAUGCUGCGGUGGGACUUGUGCCAUCUAGCGUAGCCAUGGUGAUCCCUCAAGUCACCUCACGCCUCGUUAUCCUGUGGCCAGUCCUCUGUGCAGUGAAUAAUACUCACUCCAGCAUUGGUCUGCCAAUGUUACUGGUUGCCUGGAGUGUAACAGAAGUUAUUAGAUAUGCUUAUUAUUUCCUCAGUAUUCUCAAGCAUGUACCUUCUAUUCUCACUUUCCUAAGGUACACUUUGUUUAUUGUCCUGUAUCCAGUGGGUGUUACUGGGGAGCUCCUAUGUCUCUAUGCUGCCCUGCCCACAGUGGCCAAGACCCGGAUGUACUCUGUAUCAAUGCCUAAUGCCCUUAAUGCCACCUUCGAUCUACACUCGACCCUCAUUGUCUUUGCUCUCCUUUACUUACCAGUGUUCCCAAUGUUGUACAUGCACAUGUUUGCCCAAAGGAAAAAGGUUUUGGGCAAGAGCAAGAAAGUCGACUAAAUGGGACACAUCUUGGAGAUGAAGAUUGCUGCAGCCUGCAUUUCAUGUUUAUUUAUUGAGGUAGCACAAAGAUUUGCCUCUCCAUCACUGGCCUAGAGUGGCUAUAGAUUCUCAAGGAUGUGGGCAUGUUAACCAAUGUACAUAUUGUAUGACUGCUGGAGUUUUUGUACUGUUGUUCAUAUAACUGAAAUUCAUUAUAUAUUGUAAAGUAUAAUAAUGACCAAGAUGUAAAAGUUCAUAUUACACCACAACUUUAGGUCUAUGUAGCUUUAUAUUAUUGAUGUGAAAUGGUCCUAUUGUUAAAGGUUAUAAAGGAAGACGAAAUUUGAGAAGCAACUUUUCUUUUCCAUCAACAAUCUAAACAACUUGAAGCUUGGUAUUUUGCAGAUUAUUGUUUGCAGUAAUCUUAUUGCUUUAUAAUACUGUGCACGAAUGAAAGAAGAACUUUUGACAAGUUCUACAUUUUAUGAUGUUUAGAAAUGCAAUGUGCAUUUUAAGUAUUUUGGUCUUGCCUCUCAAAGUCAACAGAAAGGUCACUGGUUAGUGGCUAGUGUGCCUUUAAUCUCUCAUAUGAGAAGUUGAUGGUAUAUGGUGUUGUUUAUAUUUAUAUUGAAGACUUUCAGUGAAUCUUGAUAUUUGUCAUGUUGAGAUGCCCUGCAGUUUGGUUAUACAACAAACUGGUCCAAAUACUUGUCCUAUCCAAACAAUCAAUUCAAAUACAGUUGCCAAAUGAUCAGUUCACAUAACUAAUUGAAUUGCUCUCUGCUCUUCACUUAAUACUAUUUAUAACCACAAAUUGUUAUUAUUUCAUUUUAUGAAUUUUGAAAGUGUAUAUUCAAUUGUCACUAUGUAAAAAUGUUCAAUAAAAAAAUAAAAUCUAAA